AUGGGGAAUGCAUUGUCUAAGAUCAACAGCGUAUUGCAUGACAGAUUGCGGAGUUUGUUUUCUGGAGACAAGGAGCAGUCACUGGCAAUGAUUGGAUUAGAUGGGGCAGGAAAGACGACUCUUCUAUUCUAUUUACAGACAGGAGAGGUGCAUACGACGGUGCCUACGCUUGGAUUCAACUGCGAAGUAGUGAAUGUGGGAAGUUUGAAGUUUGUAGUGUGGGACAUUGGAGGACAGAGUACGUUCAGGAGAUUCUGGAAAGACUAUGUGAAGGACAAAUCUGGGAUUGUAUACAUGGUUGAUGCAGUGGACACGAUGAGAUUUGCCAGUGCAAAGGAAGGAUUAUGGGAGAUUCUGAAAGGGCUGGAGAGGAGCAGCAUGCCUCCGGUGCUGGUAUUUGCAAACAAGAUUGAUCUGAUAAAGACUGAGGAGGGCAGGAAGACAGCGGUGAGCAGCAUAUACAAUGCGCUUGAACUGAAGGAGUACUCUGGAGCAUCGUGUGUGGUUCCGAUCAGUGUGUAUGAAGCAAACUCAGUGACGAACGAGGACAACCGAAGGAGGAUUAUUGAGGCGUUUGAGUGGUUGAAUAAAGAGCUGAAGCAAGUGGAUGCAAAUGCAUACUGA